AUGUCGAACGGGGGCUACAGGACUGACAAUCUUAUUGGCAUAGCGGAAAAGUUCAAUUGGGAGAGCACUUUGCGGUCCCCGGGUCGGAACCGAGAAGCUGAUGUCCGGUCCACGUGGGAUGCGAGGCGUCAACUGGAAGGACUAGAAGAAAGGACGGCUUCAGCCGUUGCAUACCUUCACCGUCAACUUCUCGAUCUGCAAGCGGCACAGUCUCCGAAGACAUCUUCAGAUGUCGCAGUUCGGUUGGAUGCUUUGGAGCAGAAGCAGCAGCAGACUGCACACCGCCUGGAUGCAGUGGCAGAUGUCGCGAAUUCAUGUUCGAAGGAACAAGAUGCACAAGAGCAACGCCUUCAAGCUUUGCAGGAACGUGCGAUCAACGCGGAAGCUGCUUCUCAACGAGUGGCCGGGCUCUUGCAGGAGCUGCGACGGGACGUCACGGAGAUCUUCGAGGACGGCAGGCUCUCGCCGCGAAGCCUCGGCGGCGAGGAGCUGCGCAGCCUCGUCGCCGAGCAGCGCUUGUCACAACUGGAGGUUGCAGUUUGGUCCCUGCAAAGCAUGGAGCUUCCGGAGGUGCAGCUGGCCGUGCACGCGCAGGAUCGACGCCUCGCAGACUUGGAGACGGGACAAGGGCAGGACCUUCUGCAGGCAAGGCACAGUGCAGAUUUCGUUGUCGAGGAUGGUAUCCGUACGGCCGAAGGCCGUCCGUGUGAGCCCGCUGAGGAGCUUCGCCAGUCGGUGGCUGAACAACGCGUGUCGCAGUUGGAAGCUGCUCUUUGGAAUCUGCAGAGGGAGCUUCCAGAAAUGCAAGAAGCCUUACAUUCCCAGGACCGGCGACUCCUGAGCUUGGAAUCUCGACUUGAUGCGCAGGCGGUGCAGGCCUUGCAGGUCUCACCAGCGGAAGCGGUUGAGGAAGCUUUGCAGGAUGUGGCAGAUGCAGGCAGGACUUUUGUCGCUGAUGCACACGAGCAGGGCGAGGCAACCAGCAAUGCCGGCGAGGAGGCGGCUGGAGGGCAUCAGUCUAUGAGGCGAGUGGCGGCAACUUCAGGUUCACGCGGUCGUGACGCACGCGGUGCAGAGGAUGGUGGUGGGCCGAGCAUGUCUCGGUCUUCUGCAUCCGGCCCGUCCGGCUCCGGCCCGUCCGGCCCGGAGACGAGCGCUGGCCCAUCCGGCCCCACCCCUCAACCCGGGUUUUUCGGGCCCUCCGGCCGCGGAGAGGAUGCGGUGGGAGUCGGAGGCGACGGUGACGCAGGCAGCGGGGAAGCCUUCGGCUUCGAGGGGCAAGCCGGGCCCGGGGAUGGCGCUGCAGGGGCCGAGUCCUUUCCGUCCUGGCCGUCCUGGCCGGGGCCCGGGCCGAGCGCCCGCGAGCGCAGCGAGCGCAGCGAGCGGAGCUCGGAGCGAACGGCGGGGGAUGGGGCAGCGGGAUUGGCUGGAGAACGCGAGACUCGCGAGACGGACAUGCAUCUCUCCGCUCCGUCCGCUCCGUCCGCUCCGUCUCGUCGCCGACCGGGACCAUCAGGGCACCUCGGUCCAUCAGGCGGCGAUGGUGCUGCUGGCAGAAGUGGUGGAUGCGAGUCCGACAUCGGACACGUGUUACAGUCCUUGGGUGGAGACGGUGCCGCAGGUGGAGGCCGUGCCCGUGAAGGAGAUUUUGGUGGCGGAGCCCCAAGCGUGAGCCCAGAAGCUCCAGAGGGCCAUCCGAUGCCAGACGAAGCGGACCGUGCUGCGGCACCACCCGCUGGGAUCUCGCAAGGGCAUCCCCGCCAAGUUCACGAACAAGCGGCAGAAUCCGAGGAGUUUUCGCCAGACUCCGCUUCGCAGGACUUUGAAGAUGUCCAGCCGCAGUCCUUGGACGAUGCUUUGCUGUCUCUUGUCAGCCGCAGUACUGGUCGUGGGCAUGAUCGCCAACAAAGCGAUGAGCGUGAUGAGGGCUCGGUGCCAGAGUUCGAUGUGUCCGAGGCACCCAGCAGGAGCUCCUCCGACUCAUGUGCCCGCGAGGAAGCUGCGAUGUGA